AUCGUAUCUCGUUUUGGAGCUGCUUUAGUCCUUCCGGACAGCGCGCGCGGCAGGACGUCCUCGGAUGCUGCUCGUCGGAACAGCCGAACAGUGGGACUUAAAGAGUUAAGAAUCCCCAAAACAUCGUGACGUUGCGAUCUGGCCUCAGCACCCGCAGGUCCCUCCCACCCCUAACACCAUCCGCCGUCUGAGCUGUGGACAAAAACAGACGGGGAGAAACUGGCAGUGUUUACCCAGGAAGAGUUGUGUGCUCUCCGGCAGCUGGACGAAAAAGAAAGAGAAGCUUUGACCUUGGAAAAUGAAGAUGCUGUUGCCAUGGGAACUAUUAAUUCUUCUGUCACUCAAAGACUGCCUUGCUGAAAAUGCUCGCCAUGGUCCCGUCUUCUCCCAGGAACCCAGUGACAUUAUCUUCCCAAUGAGCACAGGUGAUAACUUGGUCAUCAUCAAUUGUAAAGCCAAAGGAAAUCCUCCUCCUCACUACAGGUGGAAAGUAAAUGGAGAGGACCUAGAUACAAACUCUGACUCUAACUAUAGACUUCUAGAGGGGAACCUGCUGAUCAGCAACCCUGAUUUCAUCAGUCAUGGAGGAGUGUAUCAGUGCAUCGCAACCAACGUUUUUGGGACCAUCGUCAGCCGCAAUGCAAGAGUCCAGUUUGCAUUUCUGCAGAGCUUCAGCAGGAAGCCGAGGAACCCAGUGUCAGUCAGGGAGGGUCAAGCUGUGGUUCUGCUCUGUGCCCCCCCUUCCCAUCAUGGAGAAAUCCAAUAUUCGUGGGUGUCCAACAGAGAGCCCCGCCCCCUUCAGCAGGACGCCCGUCGCUUUAUCUCUCAGAGGACAGGAAAUCUUUACAUUGCCAAAGUUGAAGCUGAAGAUGCUGGAAAUUAUACUUGUGCAGUGAGAAACAUGAUGACCAAUUCCUCCGAGUUCAGCUCACCGACCCCCCUGGUGGUGCGACGGGAUGUGAUCAUGGGGGAGUAUGAGCCCAAGAUUGAGGUUCGUUUUCCUGAGACCCUCCACAUCUCUAAAGGAAUGUCCGUGAAGUUGGAAUGUUUUGCUUUAGGAAAUCCCGUUCCUUCCAUCUCAUGGAGAAGAGCUGAUGGGAAUUCACUCGCCGCAAAAAUUAAGAUCAACCACUCCGUUCUGGAAAUCCCUUAUUUCAGCCCAGAAGAUGGUGGAGUCUACGAGUGUGUCGCUGAAAACUACAGGGGCAAAAAUGUUGCUAAGGGGCACCUGAUAUUUCAAAAUGUGGAACAUCUACACUGGGGCCAAACACUAAAAGAUGCUCAAAUGGCCAUCGAUGCCAACCUGCAGUGGGAGUGCAAAGCCUUUGGUGAACCCAGGCCCACCUAUAGAUGGUUAAAGAACGGCCAACCACUUACAACACAUGAUAGGAUCCACACUGAAGCCAACACACUGACAAUUUCAAAGAUUGCUCUGUCAGACUCCGGGAUGUAUCAGUGCAUUGCUCAGAAUGCCUUUGGAUCCAUCCACGCCAGUGCUGAGCUCAAAGUUGCAGCAUCGCCGCCUGACUUCACACGGAGGCCGGUGAAAAAAGCCACGGUUCUCCAGAGAGGCGGAGAGCUGGUGCUAGAAUGUCGCCCUGACGCAUCACCCAGAGCCACCAUCUUGUGGUGGAGAGGAAGUGAUCUUCUAAGAGGCGGUGGGAGACAGACGGUCAUGGAGGAUGGGACGCUCCGCGUUACCAACAUUACCAAGUUGGAUGAAGGCAGGUACACAUGUGUGGCCAGAAACCAUUUUGGAGCGUCGAGCAGCUCGGGGUUGCUGGUGGUGAAAGAGCCCACCAAGAUCAUUGCUCCACCUCUAAGUUCAGACGCUUCUGUGGGACAGAGUCUGGUGCUGCCCUGUGAGGUUGCCAGCGAUUCGACCCUCAGCCCCGUCUUCAAGUGGUUUUUCAACGGCAAAGCUAUUGAUUUCAACAGGCAGGAUCACUUUGAGAUGAUUGGAGGGGGGUUUGCAGGCGACCUGAUGGUGAGGAACGUCCAGCUGAAGCAUGCCGGGAAGUACGUGUGCAUGGUGCAGACCGAGGUCGACACAGUUUCUGCUGCAGCAAACCUGAUCGUCAGAGGUCCUCCAGGGGCCUCGGAGACCCCAUCGGUGACUGACGUCACCGAUACCACUGUGAAGCUGUCCUGGAGCCCAGCACCUGACAACCACAGCCCCAUCACCAUGUACACGGUGCAGGCAAGGACUCCCUUCUCUAUUGGCUGGCAGACUAUAAACACAGUUCCUGAUUCUGUGCCUGGACAGAUGAUGCACGCCUUUGUCACUGAUCUGAUCCCGUGGGUGGAUUAUGAAUUCAGGGUGGUGGCAGUCAAUGCGGUUGGUGUUGGAGAACCCAGCACACCAUCAGAACCGAUCCGGACCAAGCCAGCAGUUCCCAGGGUGGCUCCAAUUAACGUGAGUGGUGGUGGGGGCACACAGGGGGAGCUAGUGAUUACGUGGGAGCCAGUCCUUGAGGAACAGCAGAGCGGAGAGGAUUUUGGUUACGUCGUUGCUUUCCGGCCUCUCGGUACCAGCGCCUGGAUUCAGACUGCGGUUGCUUCACCUGACGCAUCCAAAUAUGUGUACAGAAAUGACAGCAUCCCGCCCCUGUCCCAGUUCGAAGUGUCUGUGGGUGUGUUCAACAGCGUGGGGGAGGGGCCGUUCAGCCAAGUGGUCGUCGUGCUUUCUUCAGAAGGAGAACCCUCCGAGGCGCCAUCAGACAUACGAGGCCGCGCCGCAUCGGCAUCAGAGAUCGUGGUGUUCUGGGAGCCUGUUCCUUCCAGGUCCACGAACGAGAUCAUUUCAUAUGAGCUUCUCUUCUGGGAGGAAGGAACUCAGCAGAGUGACGCUGGCAGAGUCAGAGCUCCCAACAACACAGCCCUGCUCGCUGGCCUGAAGGCCAGCACAGUUUAUCAGAUCUCAGUCAGGGCCCAGAACAGCGCUGGAUUCGGACCCUGCAGCCCCGCUGUCAACAUCAGCACCAGGAAACCCCCCCCCAGUCAGACUCCUGGGAGCAUCAGGUGGAGCCUGACCAACUCUAAGAUAUUUCUAAACUGGGAACCUGUGAAGCCAUCGGCAAAUGAAUCCGAGGUCACCGGAUACAAGGUGGAGUUCCGUCAGAACUGGAACAGCAGAACCCUUGUACUGGAAACCAAUAAGACCAGCAUAGAGCUUCAAAUCCCCACCGGCGAGGACCACGUUAUUGAGAUCAAAGCCGUGACAGAGGGGGGCGAUGGCACCAGCAGCGGUCCGAUCCGCAUACCAAAGUUGUCCGGCCUGAACUCCAGAGGAUGCAGGAGUCCAGUUCUGCUGAAGAUGUCUUUGAUGCUCUGUGGAGUUGUCUUUACUUUCUUCACUUUCUAACUGCUGAUGCCUUUUAGCCAACCAUGAACCUCAUAAUGAAGACUUGCAAAAAGAGUCAGCAGCUUGAAUGUUUUUCAGCCUCUGCCUCAAAAGCCAAAACUGAGUGAUUGUCUCAAGUAGAUUUUAUUUUCCUUCAAUGAAACACCUGCCUUUUUAAGCACAAAGAGGACUCGGACCGUUGACUUGGACUUUAGCUACAGUCGAGUUUAUGCAAAAAGACCUGGCGACCUGCAGGGACUCGGCACUUAAAGUUUGGGACGUUCCAACUCUGCACUUCCUUCAGAAAUGGUUUUGUGUGGUUAAUCUAAAGGUCGUGUCACACAGCCACUACGUACAUUUAGCGCAUUUUCUACGUUUGAAAUAUCUGCGUUUCGUGAUACAUGCGUGGCAAACGUAAGUCAUACAUGUUUCUUGCGUUCGUCAUUCGUCGAUGUGCGCAGAUGUCCGUUAAGGGUUUGGCCAAGCGGUUUUUACAUAAAGAGCUCCUCAUGUUUUUUGGUUGAGAAUUCCGCAGUUUAUGCAUAUUUUAUAUAACGUAUUUGUAAUUAUAACAAAAAUCCUACACAAGUGUGUGAUUUUUGCAUGGUGCAUUCGCAAAUUUGUGGCUUUCCACAACCAUUCCAAAUUUAACGGACGUUUCACGCAUGUUCCACCGAUGUAUAACUUUUAUAUCACGAAUACAACACACAUGUUCAAAUUAUGUUAAAUGAUGCACAUAUCACUAAUGAAUUACAUACAAACGGAACAAUUAUCACGCACGGGUUAUGCUCUACUUUGAUUUACGUGUUCUUUGCGUGGUUUAUUUGUACUUCUUUCAUGGUUUUAACAUGGUUCAUUUUUGAUACAUCUGCCAAAAAUUGACGUAAAAAAUCACAACUUUUCUCAUUUUUUCCACGUAUAUUCACCUAUGACUAAUUUUCAUCUAUGCAAUAUGCUCAAAAUGAACGUAGUGGCUGUGAGCCACGGCCUUCUAAACUGAUGGAAGACCAUGAUGUGCUUUUGCAAAAGCCAUGUCUGUUCUGUUUAUGGACAGAACAGAGAUUCAACAUGGGCUACUUGGUACAGAGACCCACAAAGCAAAAAUAAGACAGAGGAAGUCUGUUUUUAGUAAUUUUAGCUUAGUACUUUUAGCUUUAGUUGUUUUUAUUUCUUACUCUUACUAUUACUUAUUACUAUUUUUUUUCACCCAGUUGCCAACUUUCAGAAACGUUUUUCCUCCAGUCGAUAUGCCUGACCAUGCUUUAGGCUUUAUUUACAGGUUUCAAAUGGUGACGGUAGAGUUUAUUGGUCUAGUGUAUGUUUAACUCUCCCACUGCUCUUUAAGCACCAAACAUACAACGGAAGUCUUAAAUCGGUGGAGUCCUUUUUCCUUUUCCUUUAUCUUUUUUCUUCUUCUUUUAUUUGGAGUCUUCUGGACAUAAACAGCAAAUUUGACAUCCUCUUCUCUCCUGGACCUACGCAAAGCAGCAAAACGUUGGAAACCACGAUCCAAUGCAGCAGUUUUUUUUUUAUGGAUUUGACCCUGAACUUUGACUUUCAGGCUCAUCAAAUUCGUAGCAUUGAUGUUGAGAGCGCCUUUUCAUCUCUACUUGCAAAAAAAUUGUAUCAAUUAGUUUGGUGAUUUUCCAGUCUAAAGUCUGACGGGAUCAGACUUUCUGAUUUUAAUUUUAAUGGAACACGAGGGCAGACGUCUGUACAACAGUGCAUAGAAUGUAAUUUAAUUAAAGUCUUAAUUGUAUUUCAUGUCAUUGUGUGUAUAAUUGAUUAUGAGAAUAUCUCUGUUUGGGGGACGAAGCGCUUUAGACAUUAAUUAGACACACAACCUCAAAGGAUGAUUAGGAUUAUCAUAACAUAAAGAUUUAGAAUUAAGAUUUAUUCAGAGUUGUUGCUCAUUAAGAUUUUAACUAUAACUAUUUAAGUCCAUUAUAAGAAUCUAAAUGAAUCAGAAUAUAUCAGACUUUAUAUUGUUUUUAAGCUGUUAGGUUUGUGUGAGAAGCCACAAUGUGGUGAAUGCGUUUCCUGAAAAAAGGGAUUUAGCUUAUUCUGCGUUCACACCGAGCGCAAUUUGUGCGCAAAUUUGUGUCUUUCUUUGUCUUUCUUCUGACACACAGCGAAAUGGCUGCUCGACAUUUGUCUAAAAAUGUGUUAAUAAAUUUAACUCUGCAGAUUCGUGUGGGAGGAGCUUCUGUCAAUCGUUUUUAGCCUCAUCGCUAAAUAUCGCAACAUUUAGAAGAAUAAGAUUCUCCUACAUGUUUGAUUCUGGACACCGGCCGCGGAUCAUAUCCUCAACACCUCAGAGCUGAUCAAAGCUGAUCCUUGAUUGGUUGACGCUACAGAUGUCCCAAUACGAUCACGUGAUCAGAAAUCAGGCCCGAUCAGGUAGAUUGAGAUUCAACCGGAAUCAGAUGUAUUUUGGAUCCAGGGUCGUAUAUUUAUUUUAUUCUUAUUAUUAUGAUCAGUGCUACAGUUUUCACACUUAUUAUUACAGAUAAAUAUUCAACUAAAAGUGACGACAUUUUUGAUCACGACAUUUUACACGUAAAGUGAAGCAGGAGCACAAAAACAGUUUGGUGAAGUUAGAGAGAUAUUCACAGAUUCAGACUUCCAGGAAAAUUGUAAUAAAUAUAAACGUCUCUAUUGGUUUAUCUUAUCGCAAACAAUGACCUACACUGGUAUUUCAAAAGAAAAAGAUUGGGUUUUUGAUCAGGACCUGACUGGGACACCCCUAGCUGACGCUAUGCGUCUUCUUUGGCUAAGUUCAGAUGUUUUAACUCUGAUUUAUUCUCACAGUAACGCCCGCAAUGCACCCAAUGCUGUAAACAUGGCGCAUGACCUCUGAUCGUGUAAACUGGACGUCCCCGACACACGAAUCACGUUCGGUGUGAACAAAGCCUUCGAUUGUUUGGAUUUUUUCUCUCUCUCGACAAAACCAAAAAAGUUUAUUUUCUUUACAAUGUUUUGAAUCAACUGUAACUCCUCCCCCAUCCCCAUACCUUGAUUCAUUCAUGCCGUACCGCUGUAUUACGGAAUCUCUGUGAGAUUACGCAAACAUUAAAGUUUCACGUUGAAACAUC